AUGGAGGCCGACUCCGGGAAGCUCUUCGUCGGCGGCAUCUCCUGGGAGACGGACGAGGACCGCCUCCGCGAGUACUUCGGUCGCUUCGGCGAGGUCACCGAGGCCGUUAUCAUGCGGGACCGCAACACCGGCCGCGCCCGUGGGUUCGGGUUCGUCGUCUUCGCCGACUCCGGGAUCGCCGAGCGCGUCACCAUGGACAAGCACAUGAUCGACGGGCGCAUGGUGGAAGCAAAGAAGGCCGUUCCCAGGGACGACCAGAGUAUUGCGAGCAAGAACAAUGGCAGCAGCAUAGGGUCACCUGGACCAGGACGUACUAGAAAGAUCUUUGUUGGAGGUCUGGCUUCAAAUGUUACCGAGGUCGAAUUUAGAAGGUACUUUGAGCAAUUCGGUGUGAUAACUGAUGUGGUAGUGAUGUAUGACCACAACACGCAGAGGCCUAGGGGCUUUGGUUUCAUCACAUAUGACUCAGAAGACGCAGUGGAUAAGGCACUGCACAAGAACUUCCAUGAGCUGAAUGGUAAAAUGGUUGAGGUCAAGAGGGCUGUACCAAAGGAGCAGUCUCCUGGACCUAUUGCACGUUCACCUGCGGGAGGGCAGAACUAUGCUAUGAGCAGGGUUCAUAACUUCCUAAAUGGCUUCAACCAGGGUUACAGCCCUAACCCCCUUGGUGGUUAUGGCAUGAGGGUGGAUGGAAGGUAUGGUCUCCUUACAGGUGCACGGAAUGGGUUCUCUUCGUUUGGUCCAGGUUAUGGAAUGGGCAUGAAUGUUGAAGGUGGAAUGAGUGGGUAUUUUGGUGCAAGUUCUGGUUUUGUCAAUAGCUCCAAUGGGCGGCAAAUAGGUUCUUACUUCAAUGGUAGUUCAAACAGAUUAGGUAGUCCAAUUGGGUAUGUUGGCCUUAAUGAUGAUUCAGGAUCAAUACUGAGUUCAAUGUCUAGAAAUGUCUGGGGUAAUGGAAAUCUGAACUACACAGGCAACCCUACGAACACAAAUUCUUUUGCUCCACCUGGAAGUGGUGGGGGUAUUCCUGGUGAUGAAAUUAGUUGGGGAAGCCUUACUUCUGCUCAUGGGAUGGGCAACAUUUCAAACCUUGGAUCGGGAAACCUUGUCCGUGGAACCGGAGAUAACAACUUUGGUUUGCCUUCUGGAAACUAUGUGAGGAGCAAUUCAACUGGUACAAUUGGUGAGCCAUUUUCUGCAUCAGCCAAUGCAUAUGAAUCGAACAAUCCAGGUGCAUAUGGCAGCAGCUCUAUUUAUGGUGACUCAACCUGGAGGUUUAACUCAUCUGAGGUUGAUAUGCCUCCUUUUGGUCAUGAUCUUGGAAAUGUUGAUCCGGAUAUCAAAUCAGAAAUAUCGGCAAGCUAUAUGGGCAACUAUACUGUUAAUAAUAAUCAGACAAGCAGAGGUAUCACUUCCUAG